AUGAUCGGUUACGGCUGGCAUCCGCCGCGGGGUCAGGCCACGGACGAAGACUACGCGGAGGCGGAGGGAUUGCUGGAUGACUUUUUCGCCGAAGUCCUGAAGGAAUUCGGGGCCGACGAUGGCCGCGCGAUGCUGCUGGGAUUCUCCCAGGGCGGUGGCAUGACCUACCGGAUGGGGUUGGCCCGCCCCGACAAGUUCGCGGCCCUUAUUGCCCUGAGCGCGUCGCUGCCCGAUCCGGAAAUACUGCGACCUCGACUGCCCAACCAUCGCAACCAGCCGGUUUUCGUCGCCCACGGCGCGUAUGACCAGAUGGUGUCGAUGGACAGUGCCCGGCGCACGCGGGAGUUUCUUAACGAAGAGGGUUACACGCUGUCUUAUAAUGAGUACAACAUGGGUCAUGAGAUACCCGUGGAGGUGCUGCGCGACAUGGUUCCGUGGAUGGAAACCGCCGUGCCCCCGCUGGUGGCAGAGACGGAUCGAAUCUUUUAA